AUGUCUCAUGCAUCGCCAUCAAACCCGACCGCCAUCCUGUGGGACUGGGAUCAAACAGAUCUCGCAGACGUCGUCAACGAAAUGCGGCGACUGUUGAGCAGCCCAACGCAACUUACCGCCAUCAGACAUUUCAGGCUGCGCGGUGUGAGAGCAGCGCAGGAUCUCCACGCUUCUUUGCUGGCAGAGAAUCUCACCACGAGCGAGAAGGCCGCCAUUAAGUCAUGGAUCCGUCAAUCCAACUUGCCAUCCGAAAGGUCCGCACCAAUCUUGCAAGAACCCGAGGUGUCGCUUGCACACGCCACCGCCAUUCUGUUAUCAAGGCUCUCGGGCCUCAGAAGUCUCGAGCUGCAGACCUUUGACCGAGAUGACGACGACGAGUGGACCCAGUCUCGCCCACCUGGUGAUCCCUUGCUGUCACUUUUAAGCCAAUUGCUUAUAUCAAGCAGUGGCAGCGGCUCUUCUUUCAACGGCAUUGAAUCAAUCAAGGUUCUAGUUCCGACGACCCCAGCCGAGGACUCCGGAAGUGAAUUAGACUACUACGUCUAUGCAGAAAAUGUUGCCCCGUUUUUUUACCUCCCGCAAAUCCGAAGUCUGGAGCUUCAUCGAGUGGAAGACGGAGGCAAACUCAUCGACUGGCCAGCUUCUCGUCCGAGCCCAACAGCCACGACACUGGAGGAGCUUGUCCUGAGCAAAUGUCAGUUCUCCGAGAAAAGCUUCGACCAACUGCUGCGAGCGUCCCCGAAUCUCAAAACUCUCCGUUGCGAAUUCGUCAUUGAUGCUGAGUACGCAACGGCAUGGCUCGAUCUGAGCCUGUUGAGAGAUUCGCUCAGCACGCUGAAAGCCUCCCUCGAGGAGCUCUCCUUUGUGCUGACGCUGUGGACAUCCACAGCCAUUGAUUGCGGCGAGCUUGGGCCCUGGGGGAUUCGCGGUUCGUUCGGAUCACUCAAGGACUUGUCACGACUUACCCGUCUUUCCAUCUCACUGCCGGUCCUCCUGGGCUGGAAAACAGAGGGCUCGUCGAAGCUCGAGGAUGUCCUUCCCGAUGGCCUCCAGGCAUUGACCAUCACCAACGAAAUGUUUUUUUGGUGGCACUACCGGUGGGACGACCUUGAUUGGGAAGACGACGACCCUGUCGUUCCCAUGUGGGCAUCGCUCGAGACAAAGAUUACUGAGUACCUAAAGAGUCGGCCUCAGCACUUGAAGGAAUUGAGGUUGGAGAUUUCAACGGUGGGCGAGGAGGAGAGGGCUGAGUCGUUGAAGGCGAGAUUGGUCGCUAGCGGAGGAGAUGCUGGAGUAGAGGUCACGGUAGUAUUGAAGCCAUGA